CUGAGCCCUGCGCCCGCCUCGAGAGCCGCCGCGCGGGGGGCGGGCUCCCCGCGCGCCGGCUCCGGAGCCGCGGUCCCAUUGGCCCGGGGGCACGCCCGUCUCCGAGUGAGGCUUCGAAAGUUUCGUUGAAGGUGGAGAAGUGCGCGCCCGCCCGGGAGCCGGGGCUGCGCCUCCAGGGCGAGGCUGCACGGCGGCUGCGGCGGUGGCGGUGGCGGCGGCGGGCGGGGGGCGCGCUGGCAUCCGGACAGCGUUUGGUUUUCAUUUUAUUUUUUUUUAAAUUGAGGCCGUGGAGGAGGGAAUUGGAGUCGGCCCCACUGGCUGUGUGCUUUCGUCUCGAUUUCUGCCCACGCUCGCACCAUUCCUCCUGGUGAGGGAGGGACUCGCACCGCCACCCCGCGGACCGAUAACUCGAGCCCCGUGCAGGCGGGGAUGGUUGUGCGCGCCUGGCCGCUCCCUCCCGGGUCUCUUCGGCCCGAAACUGGGGGGCGCAGAGGCUGAGCCGCGUCGCCUUUCGGGGAUCUGCCGCCAGAAGGUUCGGGACCGCCUGCAGUUACGAGAGCCCGGGCCAAAGGUCGCGGCGUGCGCAGGCGGCGGGGCCCCGGCAGCCGACGCACGUUGGCUUCAGAGGGGAUUCCGCAAAGAAAGCUUCCCUUCGCCCCUGAGCGACGCCCCAGGAGCCAGACGGAACGACAGCCCCUUCUAGUCCCCUUUCCUCGCCGUGCCGCCCCCCGGGACCCUCCCGAAGUGCCCCCGUCCAGGGCUCUGGCCCCGGCCACCCGCUGAAGAAGCCGCAGCCACCGGGGGAUUGGGGGAUUUCACACUUCAUGGGCCGGCCGAGGGGGCGCCGGGCGCCGGGCGAGGGGGCUACCUAGAGCUUGGUUAGGGGCGGCCGAGCGCCGGGCGAGGCACUGCGGAGGGACCAGCGAAGGGUGGCGGAGAGACCUGAUAGGGGCGACCGAGAGCCCGGCGAGGAGCGGUCAACAGCCCGGGGAACGCGCCCUCGGGGCGGACAGCGCGGCGGUCCUCUCCGAGGCGAUGCCCGGGCGGCUGCGGGCAGCCGGCCGCCCGAGGUCCUAGGUGGGCAUGGACCUGGCGCCCCAGUCCUAGGGACCCUGGAACUUGGCCGCUCUGCUUGGACUCGCCGGACCAACGCAAUGGCCUCGGAAGUAGUGUGCGGGCUCAUCUUCAGGCUGCUGCUCCCCAUCUGCCUGGCAGUAGCGUGUGCGUUCCGGUACAAUGGGCUCUCCUUUGUCUACCUCAUCUACCUCUUGCUCAUCCCCCUGUUCUCGGAACCAACAAAAGCAACGAUGCAAGGACAUACGGGCCGGUUAUUAAAGUCUCUGUGCUUCACCAGUCUUUCCUUCCUGUUGCUUCACAUCAUUUUCCACAUCACGUUGGCCAGCCUGGAAGCUCAACAUCGUAUCGGACCUGGUUACAACUGCUCAACAUGGGAAAAGACAUUUCGGCAGAUUGGCUUUGAAAGCUUAAAGGGAGCUGAUGCCGGCAAUGGGAUCAGAGUGUUUGUGCCUGAUAUCGGGAUGUUCAUUGCUAGUCUGACCAUCUGGCUCGUCUGCAGGAACAUCGUUCAGAAACCCGUGACUGAAGAAGGAGCACAGUAUAACUCGGAGUUUGAAAAUGAAGAAUUGGCUGGAGGAGAAAAAAUAGAUCCGGAAGAGGCACUGAUCUACGAAGAGGAUUUAGAUGAAGGGGACGGUGUGGAAGGCGAGGUGGAAGAGAGCACAAAGUUAAAAAUGUUCCGCAGACUCGCCUCGGUGGCCUCCAAGCUUAAGGAGUUUAUCGGCAACAUGAUAACCACUGCUGGAAAAGUUGUGGUGACCAUUUUACUCGGUUCAUCAGGUAUGAUGUUGCCGUCUUUGACCUCAUCUGUGUACUUCUUUGUAUUUUUGGGUCUGUGCACCUGGUGGUCCUGGUGCCGGACGUUUGAUCCAUUGCUGUUCAGCUGUCUCUGUGUGCUGCUGGCUAUUUUCACUGCGGGGCACUUGAUUGGACUUUAUUUAUACCAGUUCCAGUUCUUUCAAGAAGCAGUUCCACCCAAUGACUACUAUGCAAGGUUGUUUGGUAUCAAAUCAGUCAUUCAAACGGACUGUUCCAGCACGUGGAAGAUCGUAGCAAACCCAGACCUGUCAUGGUAUCACCAUGCCAACCCCAUAGUCCUGCUGGUGAUGUACUAUACGCUGGCAACUCUGAUCCGCAUCUGGCUACAGGAACCCCUUGUGCAGGAUGACAGGACCAAAGAAGAGGACAGAGCCCUGGCUUGUAGCCCCAUCCAAAUAACAGCUGAGAGGAGGCGAAGCCUGUGGUAUGCCACACAGUACCCAACGGAUGAGAGAAAACUUUUAUCCAUGACCCAAGAUGACUACAAACCAUCUGAUGGCCUGCUGGUGACCGUGAAUGGCAAUCCCGUAGACUACCACACCAUCCACCCCAGUCUCCCCGUAGAGAACGGCCCCGCCAAAGCCGACCUGUACUCCACCCCGCAGUACCGGUGGGAGCCCUCUGAAGACUCCUCAGAAAAGAAAGAGGAAGAAGGGGAGGAGAAGGAAGACUUUGAGGAGGAAAGGAGCCAUGAGGAGAAACGAAGUGUUAAAGUUCAUGCCAUGGUCUCUGUGUUCCAGUUUAUUAUGAAACAAAGUUACAUCUGUGCCCUUAUUGCCAUGAUGGCUUGGAGCAUCACCUAUCACAGCUGGUUGACUUUUGUGUUGUUGAUUUGGUCAUGCACCCUUUGGAUGAUUCGCAACAGAAGAAAAUAUGCCAUGAUCAGCUCUCCUUUCAUGGUCGUCUAUGGAAAUCUGUUGCUGAUAUUACAGUAUAUAUGGAGUUUUGAACUUCCUGAAAUUAAAAAGGUCCCAGGAUUUUUAGAAAAGAAAGAGCCAGGAGAACUUGCCUCAAAGAUACUGUUCACCAUUACUUUUUGGCUACUGCUGAGGCAGCACCUCACGGAGCAAAAAGCUCUCCAAGAAAAGGAAGCUCUUUUAUCUGAGGUCAAAAUCAGAAGUCAGGAAAAUGAAGGAAAAGAUGAUGAGCAAGAUCUACAAAUGGAAGGAGAGGCUGAGGAGAAGGAGGGAGAGGAAGCAAAGGAAGAAAAGCAAGAGAGACGGAAGGAAGAAGAAGAAGAAAUGGAAGAAGAUGACAACCAGGACAUCAUGAAAGUGCUGGGCAAUUUGGUGGUGGCCAUGUUCAUCAAGUAUUGGAUCUACGUGUGUGGAGGAAUGUUCUUCUUCGUCAGCUUCGAGGGUAAAAUUGUGAUGUACAAAAUCAUCUACAUGGUGCUGUUUCUGUUCUGUGUGGCCUUGUAUCAGGUGCACUACGAAUGGUGGAGGCGAAUCCUAAAAUAUUUUUGGAUGUCUGUGGUUAUUUACACUAUGCUGGUGCUUAUCUUUAUAUACACAUAUCAGUUUGAAAACUUCCCAGGCCUGUGGCAAAAUAUGACAGGAUUGAAAAAAGAAAAGCUCGAGGAUCUCGGCUUAAAACAGUUCACCGUAGCAGAACUAUUCACUCGCAUCUUCAUCCCAACCUCCUUUCUGUUGGUGUGCAUUUUACACCUCCACUACUUCCAUGAUCGGUUCCUGGAGCUCACGGACCUGAAGUCCAUUCCCAGCAAGGAAGACAGCGCCAUCUACAGCCAUGCCAAAGUCAAUGGGCGCGUAUAUCUAAUAAUAAAUAGCAUCAAGAAAAAAUUACCAAUCCACCAAAAUGAACUGGCCCACCCUGAAGGAAGCCUUCCAGACCUUGCCAUGAUGAAUCUGACCGCCAGCCUGGAGAAGCCGGACUUGAAGAAGCUGGCUGAGUCUGGGGAGGACAAGCCAGAGGAAUGCCCGGAAAAGGCUGAGCUUGGGAAAGACAGCGAAGAAGAGGAGGAAGGGGAGGAAGAGGAGGAGGAAGAGACAUCAGAUUUAAGAAACAAAUGGCAUCUGGUGAUUGACCGCCUCACUGUGCUCUUCUUAAAAUUCCUGGAGUAUUUUCACAAACUGCAGGUGUUCAUGUGGUGGAUUUUGGAGUUGCACAUCAUCAAAAUUGUUUCAUCGUACAUCAUCUGGGUCUCUGUGAAAGAGGUGUCACUGUUCAACUCUGUAUUUUUGAUUUCUUGGGCUUUUGCUCUGCCAUACGCCAAGCUACGCCGUCUGGCUUCAAGUGUCUGCACCGUCUGGACGUGUGUGAUCAUCGUCUGCAAAAUGUUGUACCAGCUGCAAACCAUUAAGCCUGAGAACUUUUCUGUUAACUGUUCCUUGCCAAAUGAAAACCAAACGAAUAUACCCAUCCACCAGUUGAACAAGUCUCAACUCUACAGCACUCCUAUUGACCCAACAGAAUGGGUCGGCCUGAGGAAAUCUUCCCCUCUGCUCGUCUACCUGAGGAAUAAUCUGCUGAUGCUGGCCAUUCUGGCCUUUGAGGUUACAAUUUACCGCCAUCAGGAAUACUAUCGAGGUCGAAACAACCUCAUGGCCCCUGUGUCUAAAACCAUCUUUCAUGACAUUACAAGACUCCAUCUAGAUGAUGGACUUAUUAAUUGUGCCAAAUAUUUCAUAAAUUACUUCUUCUACAAGUUUGGUCUGGAGACCUGUUUCCUAAUGUCAGUUAAUGUAAUCGGUCAGCGAAUGGAUUUCUAUGCCAUGAUUCACGCCUGCUGGCUAAUCGCUGUCUUGUAUCGGCGCAGAAGAAAGGCCAUUGCUGAGAUCUGGCCCAAGUACUGCUGCUUCCUGGCAUGCAUCAUCACCUUCCAGUAUUUCAUCUGCAUCGGCGUCCCUCCGGCUCCUUGCAGGGAUUACCCGUGGAGAUUCAAGGGUGCUAGCUUCAACGACAACAUCAUAAAGUGGCUGUACUUCCCAGACUUCAUCGUGCGGCCCAACCCCGUGUUUCUUGUCUAUGACUUCAUGCUGCUCCUGUGCGCCUCCUUGCAAAGGCAGAUCUUUGAGGAUGAAAACAAGGCUGCAGUGCGCAUCAUGGCAGGGGACAACGUGGAGAUCUGCAUGAACCUCGACGCGGCCUCCUUCAGCCAGCACAACCCCGUGCCAGAUUUCAUUCACUGCAGAUCAUACUUAGACAUGUCCAAAGUGAUCAUCUUCAGCUACCUCUUCUGGUUUGUCCUCACAAUCAUCUUCAUCACGGGGACAACCAGGAUCAGCAUCUUUUGCAUGGGUUACUUGGUGGCCUGCUUCUAUUUCCUGCUCUUUGGGGGUGAUUUGCUGCUGAAACCCAUCAGGAGCAUCCUGCGCUAUUGGGACUGGCUGAUUGCAUACAACGUUUUUGUGAUUACGAUGAAAAACAUAUUAUCAAUAGGAGCGUGUGGAUACAUUGAAAAAUUGGUUCAAAAUAGUUGCUGGUUGAUCCAGGCGUUCAGCCUGGCCUGUACAGUCAAAGGCUAUAAAAUGCCUGAUGAUGAUUCCUCAUGUAAACUCCCCAGUGGUGAAGCAGGAAUUAUUUGGGACAGCAUAUGUUUUGCCUUCCUCCUACUGCAGAGAAGAGUUUUCAUGAGUUACUAUUUCCUACACGUUGUGGCUGAUAUAAAAGCUUCACAGAUCCUGGCAUCAAGAGGGGCUGAACUUUUCCAGGCCACAAUUGUAAAGGCCGUAAAGGCAAGAAUUGAGGAAGAGAAAAAAUCAAUGGAUCAACUGAAGAGGCAGAUGGAUCGCAUCAAAGCCAGGCAACAGAAAUACAAAAAGGGUAAGGAGAGGAUGCUGAGCUUGACCCAGGAAUCAGGGGAAGGCCAAGACAUCCAAAAACUCUCUGAAGAGGAUGACGAAAGAGAAGCAGACAAACAGAAAGCCAAGGGCAAAAAAAAGCAGUGGUGGCGGCCUUGGGUUGAUCAUGCUUCCAUGGUCAGGAGUGGAGAUUAUUAUUUGUUUGAAACGGAUAGUGAAGAGGAGGAAGAGGAAGAACUGAAAAAGGAAGAUGAAGAACCUCCAAGAAGGUCCGCUUUCCAGAGAGCUAUUGGGAAGUUUGCGUCGGCCAUUUUAGCCUUGCCAAAGUCUGUCAUUAAACUUCCCAAAACUAUUCUUCAGUAUUUAAUCAGAGCUGCAAAGUUUGUUUAUCAAGCCUGGAUCACGGACCCUAAAACAGCACUCCGACAGAGGCGCAAAGAGAAAAAAAGGUCUGCAAGAGAAGAACAGAAAAGAAGGAGAAAAGGAUCUGGGGAUGGUCCUGUGGAGUGGGAAGCCCGAGAGGAUGAACCAAUCAAAAAGAAAUCUGAUGGACCAGACAAUAUCAUCAAGAGGAUAUUUAAUAUUUUGAAAUUCACCUGGGUCCUGUUUCUGGCAACAGUGGAUAGUUUCACAACUUGGCUUAACUCCAUCUCAAGGGAGCAUAUUGACAUAUCUACGGUUCUGAGGAUUGAACGAUGCAUGCUGACCAGAGAAAUUAAAAAGGGCAACGUUCCCACCCGGGAGAGCAUCCACAUGUACUACCAGAACCACAUCAUGAACCUUUCCAGAGAGUCGGGACUGGACACCAUUGAUGACCGUCCCGGCGCGGCUUCAGGUGCACAGACAGCCCACAGGAUGGAUAGCUUAGAUUCACAUGACAGUAUCUCCAGCUGCUACACUGAAGCAACCAUGCUGUUCUCAAGGCAGUCUACCCUUGAUGAUUUAGAUGGACCAGAAACUGUUCCUAAAACAAGUGAGCGUGCUCGACCUAGGCUUCGUAAAAUGUUCAGCAUGGAUAUGUCCUCCUCAUCAGCUGACAGUGGCAGUUUAGCAUCAAGCGAGCCCACGCAGUGCACCAUGCUGUACUCGCGCCAGGGGACCACGGAAACCAUAGCGGAGGUGGAGGCCGAGCAGGAUGACGAGGCGGUGGCCAAAGACGCCGACCAGGGAGGGGAGGAGGCCGCGGACUUGGGGCCGGAGGAGGCCUCGGAAGCCGGCCUCACCCCAGAUGCCGAGCUGCCGCACUACUCCACCGAGGAUGGGGACGUGGAGGCGCCUCCCUCCUACAGCAAGGCGGUCAGCUUCGAGCGCCUGUCCUUCUGCUCACGGGACGACUCUGCAGGCCAGAGCCACAUGGCCGUGAGCCCUGACGAGAGCCGCUCAGACAGGCUCGAGUCCAGCAUCUUACCGCCCCUGACUCACGAGCUGACGGCCAGUGAGCUGCUGCUGAACAAGAUGUUCCAUGAUGACGAGCUGGAAGAGUCCGAAAAAUUCUACGUUGGCCAACCCCGGUUCUUGCUGUUGUUCUAUGCCAUGUACAACACUCUGGUGGCCCGCUCAGAAAUGGUGUGUUAUUUUGUGAUCAUCCUCAACCACAUGGUCUCUGCUUCCAUGAUCACCCUUGUGCUUCCCAUUCUGAUCUUCCUCUGGGCCAUGCUGUCUGUGCCCAGGCCCAGUAGACGAUUCUGGAUGAUGGCCAUUGUCUACACAGAGGUGGCAAUUGUGGUCAAGUAUUUCUUCCAAUUUGGCUUCUUUCCCUGGAACAAGAACGUGGAAUUGAACAAAGAUAAACCUUUCCACCCACCGAAUAUCAUAGGAGUGGAGAAGAAAGAAGGCUAUGUCCUUUAUGAUCUCAUUCAGCUCUUGGCUCUUUUCUUCCAUCGGUCCAUUUUGAAGUGCCACGGCUUAUGGGAUGAAGAUGACAUCACCGACAGUGGCACAGACAAGGAAGAGUCGGAUGAUGAGUUGUCCCUCAGUCGUGGCAGGAGAGCCUCCUCUGAUUCUCUGAAAUCCAUCAACCUGGCCGCGUCAGCAGAGUCGGUGCACGUGUCCUUCCCGGAGCAGCCCACGGCCAUCCGGAGGAAGCGAUCGGGCAGUAGCUCCCAGAUAUCCCCCAGAUCCAGCUUUUCUUCCAAUAGGUCCAAAAGAGGCAGCACAAGCACCCGAAACAGCAGUCAAAAAGGAAGCAGUGUUUUGAGCAUCAAGCAGAAAAGUAAAAGGGAACUUUAUAUGGAAAAGCUUCAAGAACAUUUAAUCAAAGCAAAAGCAUUUACCAUAAAGAAGACUUUGCAAAUAUAUGUGCCCAUCAGACAGUUCUUCUACAACCUCAUCCAUCCAGACUACAGUGCUGUGACCGAUGUGUAUGUGCUCAUGUUCCUGGCUGACACUGUUGACUUUGUCAUCAUCGUCUUUGGCUUCUGGGCCUUUGGGAAACACUCAGCAGCAGCAGACAUCACCUCUUCGCUGUCAGAGGACCAAGUCCCUGGGCCUUUUUUGGUGAUGGUCCUAAUUCAGUUUGGAACCAUGGUCGUGGACCGAGCACUAUACCUCAGGAAGACCGUCCUGGGAAAGGUCAUUUUCCAGGUCAUUCUUGUGUUUGGAAUUCACUUCUGGAUGUUCUUCAUCUUGCCUGGUGUGACUGAGAGGAAAUUCAGCCAGAACCUGGUUGCUCAGCUUUGGUACUUUGUGAAAUGUGUUUACUUUGGGUUGUCUGCCUACCAAAUCCGUUGUGGCUACCCAACGCGAGUCCUUGGAAACUUCCUCACCAAGAGCUACAAUUAUGUCAACCUCUUCUUGUUUCAAGGGUUCCGCCUCGUUCCCUUUCUGACUGAGCUGAGGGCUGUGAUGGACUGGGUGUGGACAGACACGACCUUGAGCCUCUCCAGCUGGAUCUGUGUGGAGGACAUCUACGCUCACAUAUUCAUCCUGAAGUGUUGGCGGGAGUCUGAAAAAAGAUACCCGCAGCCCCGGGGGCAGAAGAAGAAGAAAGUGGUGAAGUAUGGCAUGGGAGGCAUGAUCAUCGUUCUGCUCAUCUGCAUUGUCUGGUUUCCCCUUCUCUUCAUGUCCUUGAUCAAAUCUGUGGCGGGGGUCAUCAACCAGCCCCUGGACGUCUCGGUCACAAUCACCCUGGGAGGGUACCAGCCUAUUUUCACAAUGAGUGCACAGCAAAGCCAGUUGAAAGUUAUGGAUCAGCCCAAGUUUAAUAAAUUUAUGAAGGCUUUUUCUAGGGACACUGGUGCUAUGCAAUUUCUGGAAAAUUAUGAGAAAGAAGACAUAACUGUAGCAGAACUGGAAGGAAACUCAAAUUCUUUGUGGACCAUCAGCCCUCCCAGUAAGCAGAAAAUGAUAAGCGAACUCACGGACCCCAAUAGUAGCUUCUCUGUUGUUUUUUCAUGGAGUAUUCAGAGAAACAUGAGUUUGGGUGCAAAGGCAGAAAUUGCAACCGAUAAGCUUUCUUUUCCUCUUAAAAAUACCACACGAGAACAUAUAGCUAAAAUGAUAGCCGGCAACAACACGGAAAGUUCAAGAACACCGGUGACUAUAGAAAAGAUCUACCCAUAUUACGUGAAAGCACCUAGUGAUUCGAAUUCAAAACCUAUAAAGCAACUUUUGUCUGAAAAUAACUUCAUGAAUAUCACCAUCAUUUUGUCCAGAGACAAUACAACUAAAUCUAACAGUGAGUGGUGGGUUCUCAACCUGACUGGAAACAGAAUAUACAAUCAGCACGCUCAGGCCUUGGAACUGGUGGUCUUCAAUGACAAAGUCAGCCCGCCCAGUCUGGGGUUCCUGGCUGGCUAUGGUAUCAUGGGAUUGUAUGCUUCGGUUGUCCUUGUGAUUGGGAAGUUUGUCCGUGAAUUCUUCAGUGGGAUUUCUCACUCCAUCAUGUUUGAAGAGCUUCCAAACGUGGACCGAAUUCUGAAGUUGUGCACAGAUAUUUUUUUAGUUCGAGAGACAGGGGAACUGGAACUCGAGGAAGAUCUCUAUGCCAAAUUAAUAUUCCUGUACCGCUCACCAGAAACCAUGAUCAAAUGGACUAGAGAAAAAACAAAUUGAUGCUUUAAGACACAGACUGCAGAUCAAAUUAACAUUUGAAUUUAAAAAAAAGCACAAUAUGCUCAUAAGAGCUAAGCAUUUCUAGUUGGAUGGAAAUGGUUUCUCUUCUGACAGGUGGUCAAAAGGAGCUGACUUCCUUCUGCAGUCUAAGCUACCUUGUAAACGAAGGCGCUGUUGAAAAUGUUAUUUGUAAUUCCAUUUCUCCAAAAUCAGGGCUAUUUGUUUUAUGAUAUAGUCAACAGUGUCUUGCAUUCUGAUUGACGAUGCAAAGGAAUCAUUUAUGGGUCUCCUCCCUCAGAGAAACAGUAGAGAAGAAGGGAAAAGGAAAGUUGCCCAUGGUUUUCUGUGCGGAGCCCGCACACUUCCUGAAGAGAUGCUCUAGUUCAGUAGGCCGCACCCUGUUGCCAACGGGGAAGCUGCUGUGGGGAGAACAGAUGGGCCUCAGCACGCCCCGAAAAUACGCAACAGCAAUAGGAGGCUGAAACUCCUGAAGAGAUUUCUGGGGUGGGGGGCGGGGAACAAGAGGGAGCCAAAGACCCAUGAAGAUACCAGUGGACGAACGAGCCUCAUUCUAAGCAAAAAGUUAACAUUAGUGACACUCUUACUGCCUUAUCUUAACUGAAGACUAGUAAAAAAAAAAAAAAAAAAAAAUCUUUCCAUUAAACACCAGUGACUUCUCAGGAAAAAAGAAAAAAAAAAGCAGCAAAACAAAAAUGGGGACACCGGUUUUGUCGAGGCCCAGCAAAUGACUCGCUUCAGUGGUGGCUGUUAUGCUUCAGAGUUCUGCUCCUCCUCAGACACAGGCUCCAGGUAGAAGGAUGAAAAUGGCGCCCAGCUGGGUGUGGAAAUCUCUGACUCUGUAACUCUUUCCUAACUGAGGUCAUGAACGCCCUUCUACCUUUUUCCCCAUCCCUCAACACGCUUUUUCCCAUUUCGAUGAUUUAAGGCAAUGGUUUUUUCCAGUAUGUGACAUUUUCCUUCCUGUUUUUCAGGUAUAUCGAAGAGUUUACAUAUUCCAAUUCACAUUUUUACAUCUGAGACGGGUUUUUUAAGUUCAUAGUUAUGGAAGAAAUAUGUAUAUUGAGCUUGGGGAAAUAAAAAAAAAACGGCCUUUUCUUAAAUUAUUAUUAUUGGUAAUACAACCUCUUCAUUAAAUAACAAUGUAGCAUGAAAAUUUAUGAUUGAAAUGUAGUUUUCAUUCUGUAUUAAAAUACAGUUUCUGAGGAGUCAUUAAAUGGACUAGAACAUGUCCAAAAAAAUGAUCCUAUGUAGUCUGGGUUCAGGACUGACUUAAAAUAAAGCACAUCUUGCAAAGCCA